GUUUACCAGGUGAGAAAGGAGAAAAAGGCAAUCCAGGUGUUGGAACACAGGGACCCCGAGGCCCACCAGGAUCUACAGGACCUCCAGGAGAAAGUCGAACUGGCAGCCCGGGACCACCAGGCUCUCCAGGCCCACGAGGUCCAGCUGGUCACACUGGACCCCCAGGCUUGCAGGGUCCUUCUGGCCCGCCGGGGUACUGCGAUCCGUCCUCCUGCGCUGGUUACGGCAUGGGAGGUGGAUACGGUGAGCCAACUGAUCAAGACAUCCCAGUAGUGCAGUUGCCACAUAACUCCUACCAAAUCUAUGACCCUGAGGACCUUUAUGAUGGUGAGCAACAGCCGUACGUAGUUCACGGGUCCUACCCCUUACCAUCCCCAUACUCCCAGUCCUCCUCCUAUCCAUCACCUCAUCUUGCUCAACCAGAGUUUACUCCUGUUCGAGAAGAGAUGGAAGCCGCUGAACUGAGAUCCCCAGGAAUUAGUCGCUUCACAAGGAACAUAGCCAAAAGGAGCGUCAAGACCCCAGGACGCAAAAGGGCGGAUGGAAACAAACCCUCUCAGUGA